AUGAUAGAGAAUAAAUCGUCACAAAAUAAAGUUAUUCCUACUGAUAAAUGGAAUUCACUUGUAGAUAGUACUAAUGAACAUACAGAAAGCCAAUGGAAAGGUUUAAAUCAAGUACAACGCGUAAAACAUGUUCUAUUCUUAAUUGGAAAACUGAUCGGUUUAUUACUUUUGCUUUAUAUUUUUGUUUGUUCACUUGACAUAAUGAGUUCAGCUUUUCGACUUGUUGGAGGCAAAAUAACUGGAAAAGCAUUCACAGAAGGUGCUGUUCUUUCGAAUCCUAUUGCUGGUCUUGUGUUAGGAUUAUUAGCAACAGUUAUUGUACAAAGUUCAUCAACAUCAACGUCAAUUGUUGUUUCAAUGGUUUCAUCUUCGAUUCUACCUGUUAAAAGAGCGAUUCCAAUAAUUAUGGGUGCUAAUAUUGGUACAUCUGUAACAAAUACGAUUGUUGCAUUAACACAAUCCAAUCGAAAAGAAGAAUUUCGUCGAGCUUUUGCUGGUGCUACUGUUCAUGAUAUGUUCAAUUGGAUGACAGUCAUCAUUUUACUACCAUUAGAAAUUGUAUCAGGUUUAUUGUUUCAUAUAACGGAAGCAAUUACUCGAUCGAGUAGUCUUGAACGAAAAGCUAAUUCAAAUCCACAAUUUUUAAAUGUACUUACAAAACCAUUAACACAUCGAAUAAUUCAAUUAGAUGAAAAAGUCAUUCAAGAUAUAGCUCUUGGAUCAGUUAAACCUCAUGGUUCACUUAUUAAACGUUAUUGUUCAUAUCAGAAUAUAACAAAUCAGAAUGGAACAUCAAUUUUAUUACCAGAAAAACAUUGUGAAUUUAUAUUUUCAAAAAUUUCAUGGCCUGAUUGGGGUCUUGGUCUUCUUCUUCUUCUUUUUUCAAUAAUUGCUCUUUGUACAUGUCUUAUUUUACUUGUUAAAAUUCUUCAAUCAAUGCUCAAAGGAACAAUUAGUACAAUAAUACAUAAAACAGUUAAUGCUGAUUUUCCUGGUAUUUUUCAUCAUUUAACACCAUAUUUAGCUAUUGGAGUUGGUUGUAUAUUUACAAUACUUGUUCAAAGUAGUUCAAUAUUUACAUCUACAUUGACACCACUUGUUGGUCUUGGAAUAAUAUCUAUUGAACGAAUGUAUCCAUUUACAUUAGGAUCAAAUAUUGGUACAACAAUUACAGGUAUUAUGGCAGCAUUAACAGCAACAACAGCUCAAGAGCUUCGUAAUUCAUUACAAAUUGCUUUAUGUCAUACAUUUUUUAAUGUACUCGGAAUUAUAAUUUGGUUUCCAAUACCAAUAAUGCGUAAUGUACCAAUAGCAUUAGCUAAAAAAUUAGGUGACACAACAGCCAAUUAUCGAUGGUUUGCUAUUGUUUAUAUAGUAGCAUCAUUUUUUAUUAUUCCAUUAAUAAUUUUUGCUAUUUCUCUUGCUGGACUGUAUGUCUUUAUUGGUAUAUUUGGUCCAAUAUUAUUGAUUAUUAUACUUGUUAUUAUUAUUAAUUUUCUUCAAGUACGUGCACCAAAUAUUUUACCGCAUCAAUUACAAACAUGGUCAUGGUUACCAAGACCAUUUCAUACAUUAGCUUGGUACGAUGAACAUUGUUUUCGCAAUCAAAAACAAUUAAUAUCUUCUAAGGCAAAUGAGUUACCAAUAGUAACCAAUCAAACUAUUGAAAAUAACGAUGGUCAUAAGAAUAAAGCAUUUAAUGAUCAUGAUGAUAUUGACAAAUUAUCUGGAAUCAGUACUUAUCUCUAA